AUGCCCCCCAAAGCCACCGUCUCAGCCAUCAACCAGCGACGCGCCAAUCGUGGGACCGCUGAUGGCGCUACCACCAGCGGUGGUACUGCCAGUGGCACUGCCGGCGCCGCGGUUGCCCAUGUAUUUCUCGAAAGCGCCGGGGGAAAUGCUCCGACGGCCGAGCAGCUCGCCCGCCUUCUUCCCAACGCCCCGGCGGUGUUUCAUGCCUACCUUGCUGCCAUCAAGAGGGAAGAGGAGUCUUUGAUCGCCGAGGUAGAGCAAAGAAAGGCUGCUGCAAUCGCCGAGGUGGAAACUAAAAAAGCUGCUGCGAUCGCCGCGCUCGAAGCCAUCAGGGAACGGCUACGGCAAAAAGAGAAGGCCUUUGAGGACAAGGAAAGCGCUGCGACUGACAAGGACAAGCAAAUGGAGGCCACACUCGCGGCACUUCUACACAAAAUCAAGGAACUUGCCGUGGUCGUCUCUCCCCAAGCCGCCCAAUCCGAACCCGACCAGCGCCUCGAUGACCUUGCCGCGACGGGCAUGGAUAAAAGCAGCCAGGCAGCAGCAACAAGCGACGGCUUGACAACUUCCAUCCCGCACACCCUUGAGCAUCCGUCCGAUGCCAAGGAGCAAAGCUCAGACCGACGCCGUCCGAACAUCGAGAUUCCGGACAAAGGCAAACAGUCCGACCCUGCACCGGACCAAAGCAACUUUGUGGCUUUGCGGUCAGAGCUCACACAGUACCUGCAUCGCUACGAGGUCUGCGACAGCGAGAUCGAGCCGACCUUUGUGGCGGGGCUCUUUGUGCGCCUGCUCGACAACGACCACUGGCGCGCCAACUUCGAAGAAUACCACCUCCACGGGCCCCAGGGCAUUAUGCUGUGUGUCACGGCCGUAGCCAUGCGGGGCCUCGACUGCGAGGAGGGCCAGUGGGACGAAUGCUUUUGCGACGGCGACAGGCGGGGCGCCCUGCGUGGUUAUUGCGUCCGUGUCGCGAAGCUGGAGCGGGAAGGUGGCCCCAUCCGCUUUACCCGCGGCCAGGCCCUCUCAGUUGCCAUGGUUCCGUUUUGGAGGGAGGAGUGA